AUGCCGAUCCAAAGUAUUAAAGCACGUCAAAUUUACGACUCUCGUGGUAACCCAACUGUCGAGGUCGACUUGGUGACUGAAAACGGAUUAUUCAGAGCAGCUGUUCCAUCUGGUGCUUCCACUGGAGUCCACGAAGCUCUUGAACUCCGUGACAAUGACAAAUCCAAGUACCAUGGAAAAUCAGUCUUCAAGGCUGUCGACAACAUCAACUCAAUUAUUGCUCCUGAAUUAUUGAAAGCUGGACUAGAAGUAACUCAGCAAACAGACAUCGACAACUUCCUGUUGAAACUCGAUGGAACCCCGAACAAGGCUAAGCUGGGUGCAAACGCUAUUUUGGGUGUUUCCUUGGCUGUCUGCAAAGCUGGAGCUGCCAAGAAAGGCAUUCCUCUUUACAAAUACAUCGCUGAGUUGGCUGGAAACAAGGACAUCAUCCUCCCAGUGCCAGCUUUCAAUGUAAUCAACGGAGGCUCUCACGCUGGUAACAAACUUGCCAUGCAAGAAUUCAUGAUUUUGCCCGUGGGUGCUGCUAACUUUACUGAAGCCAUGAAAAUGGGCAGUGAAGUCUACCAUCACUUGAAAAAUGGAAUCAAGAAGAAGUUCGGGCUUGAUGCUACUGCUGUUGGUGACGAGGGUGGCUUUGCACCUAACAUUCUUGAGAACAAGGAAGCUCUUAACUUAAUCAUUGAUGCUAUCAAGACUGCUGGAUACGAAGGAAAGAUCAAGAUCGGUAUGGAUGUCGCAGCCUCUGAGUUCCACAAGAACGGAAAGUACGACUUGGACUUCAAGAACGAAAAAUCAGACCCCGCUACUUAUUUGGAGCCAGAUGCGUUGAAAAACCUGUACUUGGAUUGGGUCAAAGAUUUCCCAAUUGUGUCUAUUGAAGAUCCCUUUGACCAAGAUGGUUGGGACUCCUGGACUUCAAUCACUGCUUCCACUCCUAUUCAAAUUGUUGGUGACGAUCUGACAGUAACUAACCCAGAAAGAAUCAAGACAGCAAUUGAGAAGAAAGCUUGCAACUGUCUUCUCUUGAAGGUCAACCAAAUUGGCAGCGUUACUGAGUCAAUAAACGCUCACAAUUUGGCCAAGAGCGCCGGAUGGGGUACAAUGGUGUCUCAUCGUUCCGGUGAGACUGAAGAUACAUUUAUCGCUGACUUGGUUGUCGGUUUGUCAACUGGACAAAUCAAAACUGGAGCACCUUGCCGUUCUGAGCGAUUGGCCAAGUACAACCAAAUCUUGCGUAUCGAGGAGGAACUUGGUGCCAAUGCCAAGUUUGCUGGGGAGAAAUUCCGUCACCCAACUGCCUAG